UGGAAUUUAACUCCAGAAUGUGAUUCAUUUUAUUUGCGCAAACGCCUAUCAAUAUAUCCCUACUUUCGCACGAAGAAAUUUUUAAAAAAAUGAAAUAACCAGGAUAUAACCAUACCAUUAACCUGUUUGUCAACCCUGUCGAAUUUAUACCAACACUACCGAAUAACUUACUUACUAUAGGACUCCUGCCACACAUCACAGCACACCUAGAUAUAUGAUGUUUUAAGAGAACGAACAGCGUCUCACAGUUGACAAUAGAAGACACGGGAGCUCUACAGUUUUAAUCAGAUAUCGAUCGCUAGAGUAUAAUGCUCGUCACAUUUUAAAUCUACCGUCAUUUAAAGGGACAACUGGACUGUGUCGUGCUAUGAAACUUGGAUUUAUUUAAAAGGAAAUAUUACGAAUUUAUUUACUUGUAAUACAGAGAGAAAAUAAUAUAGAUAUGUUGAAAUUAACAUAUUUUCUAGCAUAUGUUAUCUUGAGCUGUUUAUCAGUCGAAGUUCGAGGUGGGUCAUGUGGAACUUAUAAUGCUGUACGCAUGUGUCAUGCAGAGACAAAAAUCGGAACUACUAUAUAUCUUGAAUCAGAUGUCCUCGCCACAGAUAGAAUAACACAAUGUACCUGUACGGCUACUCUCAUAAAAUCAACCAGCGACGGGAACCAGCCAACUUUGACCAUUUUCCCACCGUCUUCUUGGUCAACCUGUGAUUAUCGUCUGGAUAUGACUAGGCCUGGAAUAAGUGGUGUAUUCAAUUGUUUAGGAUCGACAAAUUAUGCCACACCAUUUCAGUUACAAAAUAAUGGCGAUGCAGUUAAUAUUGUGCUAGCUAAAGAUAUUGGCCCUGGAAACGAAAUCAGCGAAUGUAGUAGAAUAUUUCUACAAGCAAAUUCAAGUGAGUCGAUGACAGUUACAUGCCAAACCGGUGUAACCUCAACUGACCCCACAGCCCAACCGACCACAACGCAGACAACCACAACACAGGCAACAACACCCCUGCCGACACAACAACAAACAACGCAACCGACCACAACACAGCCAACUACACAACCUAUUACGACGCAACCAACAACACAGCCAACCACAACACAAUCAACAACACAACCAACCACAACACAGCCGCCAACUACGACAGCGCAACCAACCACAACGCAGUCUACUACAUCAAUGGCUCAACCAACAACAAUGACCCAAGCAACAACAACAAUGGUCCAAGCAACAACAAUGACCCAAGCAACAACAACAAUUGCCCAACCAACAACAACAAUGGCCCAAUCAACAACAACAAUGGCCCAACCUACUACAACAAUGGCCCAACCAACAACAACAAUGGCCCAACCAACAACGAUAAUAGCCCAAUCAACAACAACAAUGGCCCAGCCAACAACAACAAUGGCCCAGCCAACAACAACAGGACCUCAACCAGCAACACAAUCAACAACUGGUGCUGGUCCUAAUGAUACCCGAGAUCAGUCCAGAAUUAAAGGAAAAGUAACAAAAGAUGAUUCAAACUCAGACCUAAUUAUACCAGUAGCAUGUGGCGUUGGACUUCUGCUGCUAAUUAUUGCGUUAGUUGCUGUUCUGUUGAUUCAAAAGAGUAGAAAGAAACGAGAUGAAGAAUUAGUGGAUGGUGGUAACGCCAAAAAUAACGACGGUUAUGGUGAACCGACAGGAGCAGUGAACUCUGGUUACAUGGAAGAAAUUAACCCAAAUAAAGGGUCGGUCUAUGCCAGUGAUGAGUUGAAUGACGUUGUGGUGGAGUCGGAUACUUCUCCUCCGCCUAAUAAUGUGAAUACUGAAAUAAGUGAUGCACCUCCUAAUUUAGAAAAUAUAUCUACUAAUGUCGGGAGUUCUGACCUAAGUGAUGCUUCUCCUAAUUACGACAAUACACCUACUAAUUUGGAGAGUUCUCAAAUAAGCGAUAUAGCCAAUUCACGAAUCGCAGCGAUUCAUGACAUUAACUAAAACUAAACACUAGCUUGCCUACUUCUUUUACUGUCCAAAUAGGCCUGCAGCCAAACUUUCUAGCUUGUUUAGAAACACAAUUCCGCUACAAGAUCCUCAAUCUAAACAAACUAUACAUUUGUGGAAGCUUAUAACAACAGAAAUACCAAGGUAUCUUUUACGUGCACUCCAAUGUUUAAACGGGACCUCGGUUUUUAGUCCCAUCUGAACGACUAUAUGCUACCCCUUGCUAGACCCUCAGUCAGGCAUCACUGACAAGGGGGAACCACGCCGGAAAACCACGAUGCACUUUCUCGGCUAACACAGGGAUCGAACACUGGACCUCCAGGUUAGCGCGCCAACAUCUUACCAACUGAGCCACUGUGAUCCCUUAUAACAACAGCAACACAAAUCCCCCGAGUUCCAAGCAAAAUGUUUGCAAUAACUCGAUAAGGAUAUGAUGAAAAUCGUCAGUAUUGUCGAGUAAAUGCUAGAAAAUUUGGCUGCAGGCCUAAAAACUCCUUUCCAAAGUUAGGCAUUUAAGAAAAUUAACCUUUUACUAAGUAAUUGAUUUAAAGAAAACUUUUACAGCGAUAUAUUUAGGAUUGAGCACACAUUGUUCAAAUAAUAUAUACUGUGCGGAAUAUUAAGCCCACUACAGUAUAUACAAUAAAUACAAAAUCAAACAUAUAUAUUUACAAUAAAAUCAUAUAAAAGCUGUAAAAGAAAAUCCAUUAAAUAAUACCUCAUUACUUGUUAUUUGUCAUAUUUUAACUAAAUCUACAUUGACGGUUAUUGCUUUUACUCGUUUUAUGAAGUACAGUCGUGAAAGUAUGAAAAUAAUAUUAAAUGGACCUUAAUACAUAAUUAUCCAGGUUGCAUUUACAUUUACUAUGCGCUUUUACUCGAUAUAUCUCAGAUUAAAUAUAAAUGGUGUAUUAAUGUAUGCAUUAUGUUUUUGUCCACGGUAAUCCUAAUCUAAAAACGUCUCAUAAUUUAAAUCUAAUCCUGCCAUUCGACGGACAACCAUCGUCAAGGUCGGUCGCAUAUUUGGAUCACUGCCUUGUCAUACUCUUUCCAUUGAAGCAUCGAAGAAAGCCAAAAUCGUAAUGCAGGCAAUGGCUUCUCAUUAUUCAAGAGAUUGGGCAUCAUAUUUGUGCCUAUCAACAAAAUAAAAAAAAUAAUGAUAAUAUGAUUAUUCUCAUAACGCGUUUCCAUUAAUUGAUAAAACAACCGUGACGUCACUGUUACAAGAUACCUCUGUAUUAUAAUGUUAUUGGUUUAAUAGUUUACUGGUGUCAAGAAUGCGUCAGUGAGGUCAUCAAUACAACUAACAGCUCUUUCAAAAUAAUGUCUCCAAGCUGAAAAUUAUGGCCAUGUUGUUUAGAAAAUGUGUGUGUUUUGAGCAUCGAAAUUAACUAUUAGUCGUGUUUCUACUAUCUACCUCUAAUAGACUUGGUGGUUCUGGAGAAACCCGUGACGUCACGAGCAUAUUCUUUAAAUUAAUGGACCCCACCCUUUAAAGCGUAUUAUAAUAAAGGCAAAUUAUAGAACUAGACAUUUUCCUAAAAUUGAUGACACUAAUAUGCUCCAUAACUUGGUUGUUUUCUUAUAGAUGUUCGCUUUAAUGUAUUAUACAUGUAGAUAUAUAUAUCCAUUGUCAUGGUAAUCUAUUAUUCUAAGAAUGUAUGGUAUUUUCAAUAUUUUGUAUACAUUAUUAAUAUCUGAAGACGCCUAUAGAAGGCAGAUAGCUAGCUUAUAUGAUUUAAUGUAUGUCAGAAUGAAGUAAAGUGGAAAUUUUUUUUUUUUACCUUGACGUAUUUUUUUUUAUAUAGCUUCACACUAUAUUUAACAACGUCCGAUUAUAUGCUUGUCCGAUUAAAUGAUCUUUUUAUACGCUACAUUUUCAUGUGGACCUAUAUUGUCGUCGUCCCUGACAUGCUACAGGUCACAAUUUUUAUCAGGUUAUGACAAAACUUGAAAUAUAGAUUUAUAUCCCAACGAUCUCGAUUCCUUUCGAUAUUGGCAUGGAUUAUGGCGCCUGAUUGUACACAAUUCAUGUUUUAGCUUGUUGACCCUCUAGAGGUCACAAUUUUUAUCUGAUUUUGAUGAAACUUCAAAUUUAUGUUUAUUACUCACAGAUGUCGGUUCCUUUCGAUAUUUGCGCAUAUUGGACGGUCACCUUUUGGCUCCUGAUAUUACGAACAAUCACGUUUUUAGCUUGUGGACCCUCUAGAGGCCACAGUUUUUAUCUAAUUUUAAAACCCGUUCAAUUAUUACACCAUAAUGGUGAUUGAGUACGAAUUGCGUGAAAAUCGGACCAAAACUGUCGGACAAAAUGGCUGCCCCUCGUACGCAAAUACUGUAAAAAUAUUAUAUAACAAGGUCACACUUUUCAUCCAAUUUUGAUGAAACUUAAAAUGCAUGUUUAUAAUCCACAUAUCAUGGUUCCUUUCGAUAUUCCCGCAUAUCGAAUCGUAACUUCCUGAAUUAUGGCCCUUGAAUAUACGGAAAAUUACGUUUUUAGCUUGUGGGCCCACCAGCGGUCACAAUUUUUAUCCGAUUGAAAAAUGGCCUCUCCUUGUACACAAAUAGUGUAAGAGUAUGUAAUACGAUGGCUGUGGACCCUCUAGAAGUUAUGAUUUUUUUAUCAGAUUUUGAUGAAACUUGAAAUGUAUGUUUAUAACCCAAAGACCUUGGUCACUUUCGAUAUUCGCGUAUCAGACCGUAAGGUCUUGGAUUACGGUCCCUGAUUACACGAAAAAUCAUGGGUUUUUUUUUUAGCUUACGGGUUCUCUGAGGUCACAAUUUUUAUCCGGGUUUAAAAAAAAACAUUUAAAUAUAUCACCAUUCCACCAUAAUGAAGAUUAAAUUAGAAUUUAGGGAAAAUCGAAAUGAAACUGACCCACAAAAUGGCCACUCUUUGUACGCAAAUUGUGUAAAAGUAUAUAAUAAGAAGGUUGUGGACCCGCUAGAGAUCACAAUUUUUAUCCGACUUUGAUGAAUACUUGAAAUAUAUCUUUAUAUCCCAAAGAUAUCAGUCUCUUUCGAAUAUUUCCCACAAUAACUUUCUGUGUUAUGGCCCCUGAUUAUACAAAAACUCGCUUUAGUUUUUAGCUUGUUCUCUAUCCAUCUCUUGCAAAAUGUGGACGUAUCUUGCAUGGCAACCAUUGGUUUUCUGUUUUCAUUAAACAAACUAAUGCUAUAUAGUGACAAGUCCAGCACAAAUUCCUGACAAUACAAAUUUAUUUAGUAUAUAAAAACAUAACAAUAUGAUAUUUGGUUAAUGAUGGUUUGUAUAUUUUUUAAACAUAAAAAUCAAUCAAGUAAAGCAGAUUUCUAAUUAAAGCAAUCUAAAAAAAAGUCCAUAGCGGAAAGUGAUAUAUUGUUAGAAAGAAUUGACAUUUUGUUCCCAUUUCAAUUGUUCUUUUUGUAUAUUAACCACAGCAGACGAAUUCUCUAUUGCACUAUUAAAGAAUUUAACAUUGAACAUAAAAAUAAUAUCACUCAAAAAUAAAGAAAUAUCAGACAAAACUUUAUUAUUGACAUCAACAUUUACAAAUUUCAUGAUCGAAUGUAUUAUAUCAUGUAUAAUAACUUGUUAUUGUUAUUAUUGAGAGAUUAAUUGUUACUGGUUUUAAAAAUGUAUAAUGUUUAUCUGUAUAACGUUUGUUCACAUUUUUGCAAUAAAUAUGUUUAAUACUUUUA